CCGGAACAACACACCUGAGCUUUGCCGAUACAGGAAAUGCCUUGUGCCAACUGAAGUCAUCGGAUUGAGUUGUUGUACCUAAACUGUGGUCAUUUCGUCCUUUUUGUGAAAGCUGGACACAACUUUGUACACAAUCGUCGGUCAGUGACACGGUGUACACUAUCAAUGAUCUAAGGUGCGCCACGACGAGGUGUGUUGUUUCUCCAAUCAGACAUCAGAAUCUACGUUUUGAUCACAGCAAUCAGUCGCAAUGGCUUGGAAAACAUCAGGAAUAAGCCACAACGGAGUGUACGACCCUGUCACCACAACGUCUGACCGGGUGUUCAUCAGGGACCCUGAAGAUGAUGGCAGCCACUGGACGGGACGCACUUACGUCACUCUGAGAACGUACCACACACCUGCACUCAAAAACUUUUACAGCAAAAUAAAGAGUCGAACCAGUCCCAGGUGUUUGCUGAUAGGUCUCAUCGUUACUCUUCUGCUUCUGCUUCUCGUCAUGGUCAUUGCCCUUUCGUCACAGGAAAAAGCCCACGCCGACGGUGGACAUGCAACUAAACCCUUCAUGUAUGAGCAAUGGGUGAAGAAAGAGACAGGGUUAAACUUCUAUCCUGUUGGAGAGGGCAAUAGUACCUACAUUCGUUACAGUUUGCACAGACCAGAAGAGAUUGAUGAUUACACUGCCAAACUGGACAUGGCCACAAAACGCUAUGAGUCUCUUCAACAGAUUGGUGAUGAUUUUGUUGACUGUAAUACAACUUAUGCACCAUCUGACAAAAUAUGCCGAGAGACGCUGCAGGACUUUGGUGGAAUCUGCAAUAGUUAUAAUAAAUAUGGUUUUAGAAGGGCCACACCUUGUAUCCUGCUUACGUUAAAUUUGCCCCUAAACACCAAGGUCCGUGCUAUUCUGCCAAAGGACCAUUUAUAUGUGGAAGCAGAGAAUGCUCUUGGGGAUGACUACAGUCCAGACUAUGUUGGCGUCACUUGUCAAGCAGCUACUUCAGAGGAUGCUAAAAAUGUUGGAAAUUCAACUUUACUGGAUCACAAUAAGACCAUUGUGUACAGUCCUGCACAUGGUUUCCUGGCAAAAGCAUAUGACACCACCAGUGACAAAUUUCUGCCACAGGCUGUAAUGGUCCAUUUCAAUUCCAUUCUCAACUUCCAUGAUGUUCACAUCACCUGCAAGGCUUGGGGAAUAGCAUAUACCAGCCAGAACGAAAACAUUAAUCAGGAACCAUUUUCUGCUUCUUUUGUUCUCCGCAUUGAGUGAGUGUAAAACUUUGGCUGACAAGAGCCAUGUAAGGGAGAUUAUCAAACUGUGCAAAGGUCAAGUGGAUUCUACAGACUAAUGGUAUGGAACUUGCAACCAACGUACUCAUCUUUCUUCUAAAUAUCAUUUAGUUUUCAAAUCUUUGUAAAUAGGAUUUUAACUGUUCAUUUCUUCCAAUUUACCUCUGAUUAGUUGAAUACAAUUAGGAACAUGUUUUUGUCUGGAGGUUUGCGGCAUAGAGCAAGGCAUCUAAAUGUCUGAAUGAAGCACACAUAGAAUAGCCUGCAAAACUAAUUUUUUUUUUUAAAUGCUAAGAUGCAGAAGACUUGCACAAGGCUUCAGUUGCCAGCCACACAAGAAGUUUCUGGCUAAUUUUAUGAGUCGGUUGUGUGUGGUUAUUUAAGAUGCCUUUGGCAUUUUAGUUCCUGUUCUGUCAAGAGUCUUUGUAACAUUCUUAUAUAUACUAUAACAUACUAUUUUUUUCUGUCUAAAUAAAGAAAAGACUUUAAUUGCUUGAACUAUGCAAUGUAGCAUGAGUUUAUUUUACCAUACUGUGCAUUACAGUUAUGUGCAUGUUCUCUGGUAACUGUACAACUAGAGAAUGUUUGAAAGUGUCCAAGCCACUCAGCCGAGAUAGGUGGGUGUGAUGAGAUUGUAUCACACACAGCUUCAAGUGAGUCUUUAUAAGCAGCAUAUGCAAUAUCUCUGUAAAACCUAUGCCUAUGUUUUAAAGAUUCCCUUCGAAAUUUUAGACAUUCCUUAUUUUUUAAAAUUGCAUUUUAAAAAUUAUAUAUCAUGUAAUAUUCAGACAAGGUUUUUCAUUACAUAUCAAGUGUAACAGAAUAAAAGUUUUUGUUUUAUUUAAGUUUCUUUGUUAGAGUAUUAUAUUUAACCCAUUUGGUUAUUUAUGAAUAGUCAGUUCCAGAAGAAAUGCAAUUGAUGUAAUUUGAUUACGACUUAACAACUGUAUUUUUUUCACUGUUAUUUGUUGAAGAAAUCUCAUAUGCUGCCUCUAUGUAAAUGUGUCUUAAUAAUUUCUCUUGUGAAUAAAAAAAACUUGAAUUGCAUAUGGUGAAUAAUAACCUAUUCCUUAUGUGCAUACCAGCCCUGGAUAUUGCACCCUAUGUAUUUCUCAUAUUAACUAUUGAGAAUUCCAGAUUGUGCAUUUUGUACAUUAUCCAUAUGUUUUUACAUGUGUAAUUAUGUGUUUGUGUGAGCUUUAGUUCAAUCUUUGUAGACCACUAAGAAACUCUUUAUUCAGAUUGAGAAUCUGAUAUGUUGCUGAACUAUGCACUCAGCAGUGACUUUUAUGCUAGAGAGGUGUAUGUGGUAGUCAGUGUCAUACCAGUGAUCUUUUCCUGGAGGUAGGGUAAGGGUGAAGAGUACACUGGACAAAUUGCUUUGUCGAUAUUUUUCUUAUGGUUGAGAAGACUAAAAGGUACUAGUGAAAGAAUAUUGCAGAAUGAGUUAUAUGUUAUUGUAAUUCAAAUGACUAAGAUGCUUGAAACAGAACUGCAUAAAUCUGCUUUUAUAUUUUAUAGUCAUUCCUCACACAUUUUUUUUAGCUUCUGUGUAAUUAUAAAUAAUUCAUGUUGUUGUAAGUAGUACCAAGCAUAUCUGUAUGUGGUGUGUAAAUGAAUGAGGUGGUGAAUCAAAUCCUAGUUGCAAGCACAUAAUUAUCUUUUUAAUAAUUUUUUUAUUUAAAAAAAUCAAUGCUUACUACAAAAAACCCACUGAAGUUUUCUUCAGUCACUGUUGUGAAUGUGCUCAAACAAAAACAGAAAUAUGUUACCUCUCACCUCUUAAUUUAUUGGAUCACCUGGUUAAGAAACUGUCAUAUAUUUCAAAAUAACUAUUUCACUGUACUUUAUUUAAACUGCCAGUAAUUGAGUUUUCCUAGUGUUAAUUUACUCUAUUUAAUAACAGGUAGAUUUGAGACUGUCAGAUGUCUCUAUGUCGUCCUUUCUUUCCUUGUGUUGCUAUUAUUGUGGUUGUUUGAUUCUGAAUUAAGUCAGUGAUAUAUUUUCCCUGUCCAAAAUUAAUCAGUUCAUAAACAAACACAUUUCAUCAGAUGUAGGUUGCAGUGAAAAACAUUGUAAUUUUAAAAAAUAUAGUAUGUAUUCAUCCCAGACCGAAUGCAAAAGUGAUGAAAGUAACGAAAUGCUUUCAUUAUAUAAAAUGUUAAGGAUGUAACCAGAAAAAUAACAAAAGAAAGUUUUCUAUAUGUCUGAGAUAAAAGAAAAAAACAUGUGGGUCAUGUCUUGUCAACAUCCACAUAAGAAUCACACCACUUUCUUCCUCAACAACCUGUGCCUUGUAAAUAUAUGCCUUUUCUUAUACCUUUUUUAAAAAAAAAACUUUUUCAACUGAAA